AUGUUCUGGCGCUUUGGGGGAUAUGCGAGUAUCUCCACCAUCGAUACCCUUCUCGACAAGCCCGAUGUCGCCCUUGAAGACCUGCUGGAUGAGCCGGAGAUCAUUCAGGAAUUGAAACAACACAACACGAAACUCAUUGAAUAUCUACGCGAGGACCAUGUCCUCAAACGACUUAUGGACCAUGUCAUUGCACCGAGUCUACUGAAUGAUGACGAUGACGAAGAAGAUGAAGAUGAAAAAAACGACAACGAUGCCCAUGAGAAAAACGACAGUGAGGCUGCCGAUGUCGCGACUGCGCCGGCAGAGGAGAUGGAUAGCGAGACCAAGGGGCAAAAACCAGCGAGGGUCACCGAUUCCCUCAGGAGUGUGCUUGACCCGGAGGAUUUGGAAAAGGUUGAAAAGACUCGCUUGAAGCAUGCGUACGUCGCCUGCGAGAUCCUCUCAUCGGAAACGUGGUCCAUUUUGGAAUCGAUUAUGGCCAACCCGGCCCACCUGCGUGAAUUUUGGGGCUUCGUUCGCAGAUCUGCGCCGUUGGACUCACUCCAGGCCAGUUAUUUCACGAAGGUGAACGAGACCCUGCUGGAUAAGAAAACCGAAGAGAUGCUGGAAUUUUUGAAAUCCCUUGACGGGAUCGUGGCAGCGUUACUGCAGCACGUCGACAACCCCAUGGUGAUGGAUCUCUUGUUAAAGAUUAUCAGUCUAGAAAAGGCGGACGGUGGGCAAGGGACCGUGGAUUGGCUGCAAUCGCAGAAUCUGGUUCCACUUUUAUUGUCCUUCCUUUCUCCAGAGCAGCCGGGUUCCGUGCAGACAUCGGCUGGCGAUUUCUUGAAGGCCAUCAUCACCAUUUCGGCCAAUGCGACCCCGAACGACCAGUCCUGUAUUGGACCCAACAGCCUCACCCGCCAGCUUGUCUCACCCGAGCUUGUGCAGCAACUGAUCAAUGCAAUGCUCAAAGGUGGCAACCCCUUGACCGUAGGCGUGGGCAUCGUUAUCGAGGUGAUCCGCAAGAACAACUCAGACUACGAUCCGGAGCAAAUCGGCGGUCCCGACUCGAUGCCGACACCCUACGAUCCUAUCUAUCUCGGACAUCUACUGCGCCUCUUCGCAAAGCAUAUUCCUGACUUUAUGACGCUUAUCCAAAGCUCCAAGCAUACCGUGCACGACGGCACCACAUCCAAAUCCGUUGAGCGAGGUCGUUUGAACUCCGCAUGGGGUGCUAGCAUUGAGCCCUUGGGGUUCGAUCGUUUCAAAACAUGCGAAUUAAUGGCAGAGUUGUUGCAUUGUAGCAAUAUGGGUCUUUUGAACGAGCCCGGUAGUGAAGACUAUGUCCGUCAGCGUAACGAAGAGCGUGACAGACUGAUCCGCGGUGGCGUCUUUGGACACCACCGUGAUGAGCAGUCAGGCAUGGAAUACAACGAUACGACUGCUGAUUUCACAAACGGAUCGACCAUGGAGACGGAUGUGCCCGAGGAUGCGAAUCCCAAAAUCGGCGACGACGAGAGUUUCGAGAAAGUUGGCACCUCUGGUGACUCCGUCGGUGAAAAGAACGAGGAGAAAGAUUCCAGUACACAUUCAGACUCGCAGCAACCUUCUGCGUCACAUGUUGAGACCUCUACGGAAACCACUGGACCGUCGUCCCCAAAGACGCCCACCACUGCGCUCAGUGAACAAAUAAGCGAUAUCAAACUCGAAGAGCAGGAUUCGCACAAGGAAGAUAUGCCUGCAGAAAGUGACAGCAGCGUCCUCGCUGUGACAGCAGCACCCGGGGACGUCCCUCCUCCCUUGUUCGCCUCGAAGGAAGCGGAAGCAGAGGCGGAGGCUGGUCAGAAAAUGGAAGGCAUAUCUGAGUCCAAGAAGGACGAUGAGCCUUUGAAAGAUGGCGGAGCUGAAGACUCGGCUGACCAGUACAUUCAGUACGAUCUAGACGGGCGCCCCGUCGUGGGAGACUUUUUGAAGAUUAUGUUCGUGGAAAACCAAGUGGUGCCCACUAUUCUGGGAUUUUUCUUCCGAUUCCCGUGGAACAACUUCCUCCACAACGUUGUCUAUGACGUUGUACAACAGGUCUUCAAUGGUCCGAUGGAGCGCGGCUACAAUCGUGCCCUUGCGAUUAAUGUCUUUGAGACAGGCAAAAUCACAAAUGCCAUUGUCGAAGGUCAGAAGCGAAGCGACGAGACGCAGCGUACCAAGCAGAUCCGUCUUGGGUACAUGGGCCACUUGACCCUGGUGGCAGAGGAAGUUGUCAAGUUCAGUGAGCGACACCCGCCAGAGCUGCUCUCUCGUGCCGUGAUGGAGGCUGUCCUAGAUCCGGAAUGGAUCGAGUAUGUUGAGCAAACUCUCUCCGAGACGAGAGAGCGUGAUAAUGCCAUCCUUGGGGGGGUUCGACCAGACAUGGCCGGCGGACAUAGACAAACCUCUGCAAACAAUUCUGCCUCCAGUCAAGGGUUUGGUGGUUCUUCAGCUCUUGCCGACGCAGGUCUGAAUGGUGGAAUUGGGGGCUCGGCCUUCCAGGGAUUUGAUAUCAACCAAGGCAGCGUUUCUGGCGGAGCAUUUGGUGGAGGUGGUACCUCAUUGUUGAGCGACUUUGCCAGCUCCAGCGACGAUGAGGAUGAGGAAAUGGAAGAUCACGAGGACCGUGAUAUUGGAAGUGCCGAUACUCGUGAUACUGAGAAUAUGUCCGAGAACUCUUCAAGCCAACCGAUUCCCAUUCUUCCCCCACCUCCGGCCCCACUGAGUAUGGGACCCUCCAGAGCUCGUCGUCAACUAGCAGCACGGCUUGCGGCUCAUAAGCAGCAAUCUGGUGACAGUGAGGAGGGUGCUGCCGACGACCACACACAGCAGGACGCAGAGGGCUGGUCGUCCAACCCGUUCAUCAUUGCAGGUAUUGAUGACGAUGCCGAAGGUGCUCACUCGGCGUUCCCCAGCCUCGACUUCGAUUCGACCGAGGAUCAAAACUUCCAUUCCACGUUUCCCGAUUCGGGAUUCAGUCCCCCGGAUUCCUUCUCUGCAAACUCAUCGGAAGAGGAAGGAGAUGACCGUGGGGAAGGUGUGCGAAGACGGGUCCGUGUCCCUCUGGAAGUCGAAGACGAUGACGAUGAGAUGGGUGAAAUGAUAGGACCCAACGCUGGUGGGAUGGAUUCAGAUGACGAGGACGAGGCCAUCAUCAACGAAAGUCUGGGCUACUCCAACCUCCCCGGUCCGAUGCGAUACGGUGGUUUUUCGCAGCCGCGACCCUCUGGUUCCCACUAUGAUGACGACCAAGACAGCAGUGACGGUGAAGACGACGGCCUUGUCGAGAUCCUUGUCCCUGGCCGCAAACCUUCCACCUCUUAG